AAAAGUAAAAAAAAAUACCGAUAUAUAUUAUAUAUAAAAAAAUCCUCCUUCUUAAUUUCCAUCUAAUACUUACAUCCGAUAGACGCGCAGAAACAUAAAUUAUAUCUAUCAGAACAUCUAUGAAAUGGUUCAGCUGUCAACGGUCGUGAAAUCCAAGUCUUCAAACAACGGUAUACCUCUUAAGCCUAAGAAGAACAAAAAAACUAUCAGCGACGGCGAUUUCGCACCCAAUUCGGUGAAGAAGCGAGGAGUAUACGUGGACAGAAAACUGUUUAAGUCACCUUUGUACACUCAAGAUGCAUGUGAUUUCGAAACCAAUAGACGACCACCGCCGAGACCGAGACCUGGUCAGAAAAAGUUUUUAGCGUCCGUUCUGAGAAUACUCUCGAAAUCGACAACUGGUACACAAUACCCAGAUCGCGAAGAUCAAGCAGACAUUAAACACAGUAAAGGUAGAGCUCGGUCUAGACUUAGACAAGAAACCGAUAUAAGAAACGAGAAACCUAACAAACGAGGUAAGUAUAAAUCAAGAAUACUAAAUAAAAACAUAAACAACGACGACGAUCGAUUCAUUAUACUACAGUCAACGAAAGAGAUAGCACAAACGCCGUCUAAUUACUCUGAAGCAAAUCCAUUUAGUGUACAGGAGGAAAAAACAAAGAUACGCUCGAUUAAAGAUAUUUUGGUAAAUAACACAUACAGUGGAUUAGCAGAAGGUAUAGCGAGAGAUCUUCUAGAAGAUAAACCAGCGAAAGAUAAGAAAAUAAGGAUUAAAGAUGAACCGGAUACGAUAGCAUCAGAAAUUAAGAAAGAGGGCGAAAAAAAGAUUUACAAUUUAUUCGUUGAUUUAUUAGAAAGUACGUUCAAUGCUUACAAUCUCAAAGAUGGAGCGCUAAGCGAAUCGAAUAUCGCUUUAGAAAUAAACGAAUCGAUAGCCAAUAAAUUAACAAUCAACAAUAAGUUAAAAUCAAAUGAUUUAACAACGAAUGCAGUAAAUAACGCUUCAAUGACAACGAUAAAACACUUCGACAACCCCUUGACAAAUAUAAGACUGUCCAAUCAUAAGCCUUAUAAACGCAUGAAUCCAAGAGUAUCAGUGAAAUCUUGGGAUUAUACAAAAACAAUUAAUACACCAGAAUUAAAUAGCUUCCCAAGCAAGAGGAGGUCUAUCAGAAACAAUAGAAAAAAGAAGUUGUUAAAUGUCUUCAAAGAAGAAUUACAACUUAAAACUACUUGCUUUGAACCGAUAAAUUUAUUCCAAACCUUAAAAGUAAUGGCGAAAAAUAAACAAAAGAAAAACGUAUACGAGCAACGCAACGCAAAGCGUUUGAAGAAUAUAUCAGCGGACGGCAAUUCAGAUAGACGCGAAUGCGUGUUUAAAAGACGGAAGAUUAUAUCAAUGAAACCGAAAAAAACUUCCAAGAUUAUCAACCGUGACGUCAUCGGGCAGAUAUAUUCAGAAUAUAAUGCAAAGUUUAAGAAAAGAGAAAGGAACUCAGUAAUACCUUCGCAGCAUUCGAUUAAAGUUUACGGUUACAAUUACGAAGAUGUAGUUGAGAGGAAGAAAGUACAGCACGCUAGAAGUCACGAGAAAUGGCCUCAAAAUCUGCACAAAAGUCGCGAACUUACCGCGACGUCAUCGCCAUUUAUUAUGCAAUCAAAUUUAGAUUAUUACACUCUGUUACAAUUCCCUGAUCGAUCAUCUUGUGAUUUUACUUACUAAUUAAUGAAUUCGUUAAUUAUUUAAUUAACCUAGAAUUAUUGUUACAAACUCCUGAAAAUUCUGCAACUAGGCCCCUAGCACAUGGCCUAUUUGUUGAACCUUCAAACGAGAUUUGAACGUCAGCACACGGAGCGAUCAGAAACGUGCGGUUACUGCGCGUAUACGCAUAUAUACAGACGCGCUAUAGUCGCUCGUAGCUUCCACGUUUUGAUCAUAAACUCGUCGCGCCUCUCCUCUACUCCUCCUCUUGACCUUUGUACGGCCAUCAAACGAGUUUUGAAAGCGCUUCACACGCGCGCUUGUAUCGCGUUUUACGCGCGGUCGAAUCUACAAAACUGCAAAAAUAAGCAUCUAUGGCGCAGACGACCUGCGUUUAAAAUUCGCCAUGUGCUAGGGGCCUUACAAGAGUUACA